GCGGGGGCAGUGCCCGGGAAGGGCCCGGCCCGGCCCUGCGGGCAGCCGGUGGCCGGCUCUGUACCCGCUGGCCUUUGUGACUGGGGCGUGCGGGUCUCACGCGGGGCUCACUGUCCUCUGUCUCCAGGUUCUGGAGGACACAUGCCGGCGGCAGGACUUCGACCCCAGUGAAUAUGACCUGAAGUUUCAGAGGACUGUGCUUGACCUCUCCCUCCAGUGGAGAUUUGCCAACCUCCCCAACAAUGCCAAGCUGGAAAUGGUGCCCGCCUCUCGGAGCCGUGAGGGGCCAGAAAACAGGGUCCGCAUUGCUCUGCAGCUGGACGACGGCUCUCGGUUACAGGACACGUUCUUCUCAGGCCAGACCCUCUGGGAUCUCCUCAGCCACUUCACACAGACCAGGGAGUGUCUGCAACAGCCUGGUGAGGCGACCCCCAUGUGCGUGUACAUGAGAGACGAGGUCACUGGCGGAGCUGCCCUGCAGAGCACAACGCUGCAGUCCUUGGGCCUCACAGGGGGCGGCGCCACCCUCAGGUUUGUCAUGAAGCAGUGUGACUCCACAAGCAAACAGGAGGCUGGGCCCAGCAGGAGCAAGACGCCGGGAAGCCCGACCUGCUCUGUGUCGGCGGACCAGGCGUCCAGCAGCCCUCUGCUUCCCUUGAGCUCUGGGGAGCUCAGCAAGGGCGACCUGAGUCACCAGGGAGACACAGGCACCGCAGGGACUGGCCCUCUGGGUGGCCCAAAGCCAGUGGAUGCUCAGGCAAAGCAGAGUGCCAGGGAGCCCAUACCUGUCCCCUUCACUCCUUUCUCUGGUGGGGGACAGAGGCUGGGCGGCCCUUCUGGUCCCUCAAGGCCUCUGGUGUCACCUUCCGCCAAGUCACCUAAGACCUUCUCCAGCCCCGGAGGCCCUUCCAAGCCUAAGAAGUCAAAGGCUGGUGAAGAGCUCCAGCAGGACCCAGAAAUGGUAAGAGAUGGGCUGGGUGGUGGGCCUUGCGUAGCACCUGAGACUCUGGCCAGUCGGGUGCUCACUGGCAUCUCCUCCCACCUGUUCAUUGCUCCCCCCAAAACCAUCCUGGAUGACCACACGCUGACCCUCUUUCAGGCAAACCUCUUCCCUGCUGCCCUUGUACACUUCGGAGCUGAAGAACCAACAGCUUUCUACCUGGAACCGGGACUCCUGGAACACACUGUCCCCCCGUCUGCUGCGGACGUGCUGGUGGCUAGGUACAUGCCCAGGGCUUCUGGGACCCCACCCCCACUGCCAGCCCCCGAGCCUGCACCCCUGGAGUCAGAGCCACCUGCUGAGGAGGGGGCACUCCCCCCCCCAGAGCCCACCCCAGGAACAGCCCAGCCGGUGAGAAGGAGCCUGGGCAAAGUGCCCAAGUGGCUGAAGCUACCAGCCAGCAAGAGGUGAGCGCAGGCUGCCGGCAAGGUGCCCAUCACUGGCCACAGGACUCCACUCACCCACCCGAGCAGGAAUAAAGACGCGCUUCUCUCAGCC